ACCAAUGUAACUGAAGGAAAUAUAUACAUUGGAGAACAUUGCAAUGCUACUAAAUUGGAAGAAAUAUUUUUGAGUGUUUUGGGGUUGUCAUGUCUGAAGCCUGCCUGUUGGAAGAGGACAUCUGGCAGUACAAAUCUAUUAGAAAGCCAAAAUCAGCAUGCCAAACUUCAGAAGUCAUCUCCACAAAUGUACAACAAUCCAGUGACACAAAGUGUAAGUCACAAAGUAGUGGCUGCAGAAGUAAUAGGAAAAUAUCAGAAGGAAAAGACAAGCCUAAUAAAGCAAAGCAAUGGCCAAGGCAGAGGGGAAUUCAGACGCCCUUAAAGCAAGAUGAGAAUGGUGGUGUUUCCAACUGUGACCAUGUUGUACAGUCCCAAGACAAAAUAUCAUCUUCAGCAAAACCUAAGAAAAGUUGUAAGAAGCAAAGCCCUGUAAAUGCACGUCCAGUAUAUGAUGGACACUGCCCAAGUUGCCAGAUGCCUUUCUCUUUGCUGUUGAUCCAGACACCUCAGUGUCACGUUAUUGAAUGUUUGGACAGUGCAGGGACUGCUGAAAAAGAGUGCCCUGAUGGUCUUCUGUGUACUUCAACCAUAGCUUCUCAUUACAAACGUUACAGUCAUUUCCUACUUGCUGCAAGCAGAGCAGGGGAUCAUCUUGAGGAAUUCUCAUCAUUUAACCUAGAAAACAAUCUCUUUGGUCCUGGUGCUUAUCAGUCAAUUAACUGUAGCAAUACCAAUGAAAAUGAAGCAUUAAAAGAUUUGAACCCUUUUUCUCAAGAAACCAAAGACAGUCACGAUUUGGAAAGUCAAUAUGACUCACUUCAGUUAAACACAGUAGUCUCAGAAGCUGACAUUAGCGACUGUGACAUUUCUUACUCUCCUCUGAAUACAGAUGAAGAAAAAUCUGCAGAAGAUGAAGGGGACGAGGAGGAAGAAACUAAGGUAAAACAUCUCAGAAAAAGAUUAUUUGAUGUCAAAAGCCCAGAAGAUAAAAGUGGACAAGCUGGAAUCUGUGUGUUUAAUAAACCAGCUGGUACUACACAACAUAGGGGACUUGAGCAUGACAGUGUUGAAAUAAUGAUCAAUGACUGCUGUGAAACUUCAAAUAUAUUCCCAAUUAUGGAUGGCGUUUCUAAGUCUCUUUCACAAGCUAACUUUUCCAGAAGGAUUUUAAGUUCAACAAAUGUUCUUGACCUGGUGAAACACACUACAAAAGAACUUGCUUCCCCUGUUGAUGAUGGGAUGAGUGGGGAAGAGUUUGAGGGCCUUAAACUGAGCUCUUCCAUACUUGAUGCAGGUAAAUGUGAUUGGAGCAACUCUAAUUUGGAAGUCAAGACAGAUUCUGCUGUUAAGAACAAGCCGUUGCCAUUGAAAUUCGUAGAAGAAAGUGUUAGGCCUUUUCAGCACCGCCAAACUGACUCUUCAGAGAAGUCCUGCAAUAUAGUUAAAACUGUCCCUGAUAUAUGUGGAAAUACACUGUCUCAUAACAAUUCAUAUUCAAUCAUAAAAAAAAAGGGAAGGCUUAGUAAUGCCGUAGCUAUGCCCGUUACCCCUACUACUGUUUCCCAAACAUUGCCACAUGUUUCUGCUGCAAAUCUUAAAGUGCACACCACUCCUGCCAAGGAACUUAAACAAAUGGACAUUGGUGUUUUCUUUGGGUUGCAACCGAAAGCGAAAAUGGAGAGUGACCAAAAGAAAAAUCUUUGUGAGAACAAACAGGCUUUGAGUCCAUCCACUGCUGCAGGAAAGAGGUCCAGAUCUAAAAAGAGGAAAGCCGAAGGGUCAUUGGAAGACUCAGAUGUGGUUACAGAAAGCUCAAGAAAAACUGCCACCCCUGUAGAGCCAGCAUUUGGUGGACAGAGACAGUGGCGAAAAAGAUUUAGAGAGUCGUGGACUGCUGAAGGUGGAACCAGAAAAAAACUGUGUCCCUUCUAUAAAAAGAUACCAGGAACAGGUUUUGUAGUAGAUGCAUUCCAGUAUGGAGAAAUUGAAGGAUGCACAGGCUAUUUCCUUACACAUUUUCAUUCUGAUCAUUAUGGUGGCCUAACAAAAAAGUUUACAUUCCCAAUAUUCUGCAAUAAGAUAACUGGAAAUCUGGUGAAGAGCAAGCUUCGAGUACAAGAGCAGUACAUCCACAUCUUGCCAAUGGAUACAGAAUGCAUAGUAAAUGGCAUCAAAGUAGUGUUGCUCGAUGCUAAUCAUUGUCCUGGUGCUGCAAUGAUCCUUUUUUCCCUUCCAAAUGGGACAGUUGUAUUGCACACGGGAGACUUCAGAGCAAGUCCAUCUAUGGAGUGUUAUCCUUCUCUGAUUGGCCAGAAAGUUCACAGUCUGUACUUGGAUACUACGUAUUGUAGUCCUGAAUAUACUUUUCCUUCCCAACAAGAAGUUAUUCAGUUUGCUGUCAAUACUGCCUUUGAGACAGUGACUUUAAACCCCCGAACUUUAGUUGUUUGUGGCACAUAUUCCAUUGGAAAAGAAAAAGUCUUUCUAGCUAUAGCGGAGAUUCUGGGGUCAAAAGUGAGCAUGUCGCAAGAGAAAUACAAAACUCUACAGUGUUUGGAAUCAGCAGAAAUAAAUUCCCUCAUCACCAUGGACUGGAGCAGUACUUUGCUUCAUCUUCUACCCAUGAUGCAAAUUAAUUUUAAGGGUUUACAGAACCACUUGAACAAAUUCUCUGAGAAUUUUGAUCACAUUUUGGCCUUUAAACCCACUGGUUGGACGUAUUCAGACAGAUGCUACUCUUUACGCGAGAUUCAACCUCAGACCAGAGGAAAGAUCACUAUAUAUGGGAUCCCUUACAGUGAACACAGCAGUUUCCUGGAAAUGAAACGAUUUGUCCAGUGGCUGAAGCCUAACAGAAUUAUCCCGACUGUAAAUGUAGGUGAUUGGAAAACCAGAAAUGAAAUGGAGAAGCAUUUUAGGGAUUGGAAGAUGGGAGUUGCAAGCCAUUCUCCUGAUUUAACCCCUCUUUCAGAUGCGAAGCUUAAAAGGGGCACCAAGAAGCUCCGAGGAGCAAUUGUGGAUGACAGCUGCAGAUCUGCGGAAACACCCAGCGCAUCCACAAAAACCGCAUAUCCAGUGAAUGCAUGA